CUCAAUAAGUCUGGACCUAUGUGAUGUUGUGUAUUGAUAAAGAAAUGUUCACACGUGCUUCUGGUUGUUGAUUUCUUGAAGAGAUGGAGUCGUUUGUAAACGGUGUCAUUUACAGUGAAGAUCCUUUCUCCGGACCCCUGACAUCUAUCGAGCCCUGGAACUAUAAAGUCCUGUCGGCUUUGAUGUUCAUCGUGACCAGUUUAUCUCUUUCGGAGAACCUGACGGUGAUGCUGGUCACUUUUAAAUUCAAGCAGCUCCGACAGCCUUUAAAUUAUGUCAUUGUUAAUUUAUCUCUGGCUGAUUUUCUCGUGUCUUUAACUGGAGGAGUAAUAAGUUGUGUAACUAAUUUCCACGGCUAUUUCUUCUUGGGUAGAUGGGCUUGUGUUCUGGAAGGAUUUGCCGUCACAUUUUUUGGCAUUGUGGCAAUGUGGUCUCUAGCCGUGCUGGCGUUUGAACGUUAUUUUGUGAUCUGUCGGCCCCUCGGUAACAUUCGUCUGAGAGGUAAACACGCAACGCUGGGCCUGCUGUUCGUCUGGACUUUCUCUUUUAUCUGGACUAUUCCACCUGUGCUGGGCUGGAGCAGUUACACUGUCAGCCGGAUCGGGACCACCUGUGAACCUAACUGGUAUUCAGGAAGGUUUCAUGAUCAGACCUUCAUCAUCACGUUCUUCAUCACCUGUUUCAUUCUUCCUCUGGGUGUGAUCAUCGUCUGUUACUGUAAGCUGUUGAAGAAGUUGAGAAAGGUGUCCAACACCCACGGCAGGCUGGGUAAUGCCAGAAAACCUGAGCGUCAGGUGACCCGCAUGGUGGUUGUAAUGAUCGUGGCCUUUAUGGUCGCCUGGACACCAUACGCUGCCUUCUCCGUUGUGGUCACUGCCCACCCGAGCAUUCAUCUGGACCCCCGACUGGCAGCCGUGCCGGCGUUCUUCUCCAAAACAGCGGCAGUUUACAACCCCAUCAUCUAUGUCUUUAUGAACAAACAGUUUAGGAAGUGUCUGAUUCAACUCCUAAACUGUAGUGACAUCAGCACCAUAGAGGGAAACCAGACCACAGAGCGUAUUGAAUUGACCAAUGAAAGUCAAACAGGAGAGAUGUUGACCAUCGCCGCUCGGAUCCCAGCAGCCGGACCCAUCCAACCCAAAUCAGAUGAACAGCCCAGUGAAUGUAGCCUGUUCGGCCAACUUCCCAUUCCUGAGAACAAAGUCUGUCCGAUGUGAGUGAAAACACAAUCAAGAUGUGUAUGAUUCAUGUUAGGGUUAAGAUUUUGAGACAUUACAGCAGCUGUAAGUUGGUGUAUGACUGUUUAAACAUUAAAGCAUAUAUGCAGCAUUGAAGAAUAUAUUUUAAAACAUCAAGCUACUCACGAGUUUACAGCUCCGCAUUUUUAGUUCCUCCCAGGUGUUUGAUGUAAGGAAUAAUUGACGAUGAGCCUUGAAUUAUAAGAAAAUAAUGCACACCCAUGGGGUUAACGUGGCACGACGCGAAGCAGAGUGUGCAUUAUUUUCGAAUAAUUCAACAGCCCAUCAUCAUAAUCGGCCCAAUUCCAAUUAUACCACGGUUUCAAAACAUUGCUCUGGUGUCUAUUUUUAAGACAUUUGACAAGUUAGGUGCGCAGUUUACAGAAAAACAAUCAACACACAUGAAACAUUUCUCAACCAAUCAGAAUACAGCAUUCAACAGACCCGUGGUAUAAAUAGGGUUAAGAUUAGGACUCAUUUUACAGAUGUCUUUAUGGACUUCAUAUUUUGUGCACUUGGGUCUUCUGUAAACUGAUCCCAGAAAGUUAGAAGCACUGUAUUGUCCAGAAUAUUUUGGUACUUUUGUCCAUAUACUGUAUGUAUCUUAAAAAAUAUUAAACCUUAAGCAAUAAUUAUAACUGAACUAUGGUAUGAUGGAUCAUACUAAAUAAUAAUGUAUAAAGAGAGAGGGGUGAGUGUUUAAUGUAAAUGUGGAUAUUUCAGAUAAACUUUCAUUCACACUUCUGUACAAAAUCAAUAUUCAUUGUUUAAAAAAAAAUUUGUAACGAGAUCAUGAUCAUCUUUUUUAAAUCAGGACACUUCAAUGAAAGUUCUGCUUAUGUUUUACAUUUGAACACAGCUAUGCUUAAUUAAACUGCAAUGAAUGCAUUAAAAUAUACUAUAUUAAAUCAUGCAUGAUGAUAAAUGAUCAUGAUGUAAUAUUACACUUUCAUAUGCUUGAAAACAUUCAUUGUUUUUGAAAAUCUGUGUUUGUUAGUCUGUAAUGGUUGAUAUAAGAUGGUCAAUAAUAUUUCAGUGAAAGUUUAUUUUUAUGGUCUGGUGAUAAAUAGACCACAUAGGAUAAAGCUUC